AACGAAUUGUAAUUUUGAAAAUAACCGACCGCCUUCCAACUCCUUCAAACCUCAAGACACAAGGUAAUUGUCUUGAAUUCAUGCCACAAUACCCCUUCAAACACAUUCUAUGAUCCCUUGGCCUCAUAUUGGUGUCAAAUUCGUGAUUCAAAAGCGAGAUUUACUGCUGGAUUGAAGUUGGAAUGAACGGAUGACUCUUGGGCGGGGGCUGGGAAGCUUUUCCUGUAUGAAAGUUGCACUGACUGCUUCUCCGUCUUGUAUUUCCAUUAUAGAUGAAGGUCGAGAUCGACUCCUUUUCUGGUUUCCGUAUCUACCCCUCAAAGGGUAAACUUUUCGUUCGUGGGGACAGUAAAGUCUUCCGUUUCGCCAGCUCAAAAAAUGCAUCUCUCUUCUUGCAGAGGAAGAAUCCACGUAAGAUCGCCUGGACUCAGGUGUACAGGCGCAUGCACAAGAAGGGUAUCACGGAGGAAGUUGCUAAGAAGCGUUCACGCCGGACUGUAAAGCACCAGCGAGGCAUUGUCGGUGCCGACCUUGCUACCAUUGCUGCCAGACGUAACCAGACUGCUGCUGUCCGUUCUCAGGCAAGACUAGCUGCCAUCACUAAAGCCAAAACUGAGAAAAAGGAGAAGGAGAACAAGAAAGCCAAACCUGCUUCGCGCCCAAGUGGUGCAUCUGGACCAAAGGUAUCCAAACAACAGAUGAAGGGUGGAAAGGGUGGACGAUAAAGGAUUUGGUCCUCGUUGAUUAUUCACCUUUGUAUGCUCUGACACUUAUGAUGUCCUCUCGUUUUCCGUUACACAUGCUCAACAUGCGACUAUCUCCUCUAAACCGGACAACGACGCAAGUGUCUUCUUUCUAUUUAUCAUCG